AUGGCGGGUUACCUGACGGUCAGCAUCGAGCCGCUCCCACCUGUGGUCGUUGGGGAUGCUGUCACUUUGAAAUGCAACUUCAAGACGGAUGGCAGGAUGCGGGAAAUCGUGUGGUACCGGGUGACGGACGGUGGCACCAUCAAACAGAAGAUCUUCACCUUUGACGCAAUGUUCUCCACCAACCAGUCGCACAUGGAGAACUACCGUAAGAGGGAGGACCUGGUGUACCAGUCCACGGUGCGGCUUCCUGAAGUCCGUAUCUCAGACAAUGGCCCCUAUGAGUGCCACGUGGGGAUUUACGACAGAGCAACGCGUGAGAAAGUGGUGCUAGCAUCUGGAAACAUCUUCCUCAACGUGAUGUCCCCUCCCAUGUCUAUCUCGGUCAUUGCUGCAGACACGCCAGCUCCCUUCAGCCGCUACCAGGCUCAGAACUUCACUUUGGUCUGCAUCGUCUCUGGUGGGAAGCCUGCCCCAAUGGUGUACUUCAAGAGAGACGGGGAGCUGAUCGAGGUGGUGCCCCUCACAGAAGCCCCCAUUAAUGCCGCCGGGUUGCAAGACGGCCGGGCCUCCCGGAACCUCUUCCACCGAGACAUGGACGACACCAAGAUGCAGAAGUCGCUCUCCCUCCUGGAUGUGGAGGACCGGGGUGGGAGGCCCUACACGGAGGACCCCUUGAAAGGCCUCACCCCAAACCAGGGACUUUUGUUCAGCCCAGCUACGGAGGUCAUCCCAGAGACUGUGGUGAGCCGGGAGUUUCCUCGGUGGAUCCAGAAUGUGGAGCCCAUCUACUACUUCCACCACACCCACAUCCCCAUCAGUGAUGGCACCGUGGAGGUGCGGGCCAUGCUCAUGUGGACGCUUAACCCCCAGAUAGACAAUGAUGCACUCUUCAGUUGUGAGGUCAAGCACCCUGCCCUCUCUAUGCCCAUGCAAUCCGAAGUGACGCUAGUGGCUCCCAAGGGCCCAAAGAUCAUGAUGACCCCAACAAGAGCCCGAGUAGGAGACACAGUACGAAUCCUGGUGCAAGGUUUUCAAAACGAAGUCUUCCCCGAACCCAUGUUCACUUGGACCCGCGUUGGGAGCAGGCUCCUGGACGGCAGUGCGGAGCACGAUGGCAAGGAGCUGAUCUUGGAGCGAGUGCCAGCAGAACUGAAUGGCUCCAUGUACCGCUGCACAGCUCAGAACCCACUUGGAUCCACGGACACCCACACCAGGCUGAUAGUCUUUGAAAACCCAAAUAUCCCAAGAGGAACAGAAGACUCCAAUGGUUCACCAGACAGCCACAGCAGCUCUAAAUUCCUUCUGGCCAUCAUCUUAACAGUUACUUUGGAACUAACGUGAAAGCCUUUGAUGCAGAGACCCUUCGUUUCUCCUCCUCCACCCAGA